CGACGUCAGGCUUCAACAUGGCGGCUCCCAGCGCUGAAGGAAAGCGCUCAGAAACUUUGCAAUUCGAACUGUCGGUUCCGUUCCCGUCGAAACGCUUGGCCCAGAUCGCUCACGGCUCCCUCUCGCCGGAUGCGGAACCGAGGAAAGGGGGUAUCAGCAAAGAACUCCGGGUAACCGACAACAGCCUCCAAGUGUUCUGGUGCGCUGAAGAGGCCCGGAUCCUGCGUGUGUCGGUCGGCUCCUUCCUGGAUCAUCUGGCACUGGUUCUAGAAACCAUGCAGGCGUUUGGACCUUCCGAGGCCCAAUAGAACUAAACCGCGCCACAACACGGAACACCCUGAGUGACCUUAACACAUGGUAGGGAUGGGAAUCAGACUCCUGCUGCACAGCAGUGUGAUCCACUCCUCGUUUCACUAGGAGUUUAAUAAUGAGACA